CAGCCUGUUGAGAACAGCUGUAGCUGGAAAAGUGGGGAUAGGUUGGGUCAGUCCUGAAAAGUAUGCUCUAGAGGACCUGUCAGAGUUGAUUGUUUAUUCCCUAAAAACAUGGCUGUUGGAUGUUCACUUUUCUCUUGAUUAUUUCCCUUUAAAAACGGUCUCCUCCUUGCCUCAGUUUGCAGGUAUUGGCAUAGGAAAGGGGGAUAAGUGGAACAGAAACUGCUUAUUCUUGUGCUCCUGUCUUGAUUUAGCUAGGACGGGGAGACAGGUAGGGGUAUGGAAUAGUAACCUGAGUGCCUUUAGGCAUAUAUGGAGUGUCUUUUCUUUUCCAGGAACUAGCAAUCAGUUCCUGCGUAUCCAGGAGUGAGGGGUAGAUGCUUUGGAACAAGGGGAGCAAGUCUGAGCCCUGACACAUCUCCUUCCUUUUCAAAAUGAAGUGCAGAUGUAAAAGGUGCCCAAAACAGAGGGGCCUGUGGAAAGUGAAGGUGGGGGGAAGAAAGCAAAAGAGAGGUAGCAGAGGAGCUUUGAUUAUUAAGGACUAGAGGCUUUAAUGCAAAGAGUGGCAGUAAACAGAUUAAGAGGUGACUUCUAAUGCAUGUGUAUGAGCCGUGAUGAACUGGGUUAACUGUCACCACUUUGUUACCCCCGAUCUCCAAGCCCCCUGAGAACUGCUGUUUUGUGAAGGGGCUGAAAAUAGCUUCUCAACUGUGUUGCAGUGCCUUAAUGGUAAACCACAGUAGUUCAAUUGGCUUGAUACUGAGUUCACCUACAGUGUACCCAGGAUGCUUAAAGGAACCAUUUGAUGAUAUGAAGCACCAUGUCCUUGUGCAAUUCUGCAAUGGCCCUGAGGCUUGACUCCCAUCUGAAGCGCAGCACCCCAGUUCCGGUCCAGGGGGGCCCGUUCUCUGCUCUCCACUUCUUUCCUCGUGCAAGCAGGUCUUUCCCUCUGCUGACCCAAGAGGAGUUGGCAGAGACUCUAGAUGGGAGCCCCUAUGAUCUGAGUGACCUUCUCAGCCCAGGUCUGUUUGAGAGCAGCAACUGCUCCAUGCCCGAUUUGCAGCUGAUCAGACGGAUUGUGUCGCAGGUAGAGUUCUACCUCUCUGAUGAGAACUUGUCCAAGGAUGCCUUUCUCCUGAAGCAUGUGCAGAAGAACAAGAUGGGGUUUGUGAGCAUUAAACUCCUGACUUCUUUCAAAAAGGUGAAAUAUUUAACCAGAGAUUGGCGGGUGACCCUUUACGCUCUGCAGUUUUCGGAGUUGUUGGAAGUCAAUGAGGAAGGAACAAAGGUGCGGAGGAGGAACCCCAUCCCCGAGCAUCUGGUGAACAUUCCUCCAAGCAAGAUGCUCCUGGCCUGGAAUGUCCUUCCCUAUGAGCAAACCAUCUCCAGCUCACUCCUGUUCCAGAUGACCUUUCUUGACAAGAUCACCAAGCUGUUCAGCCCCUUUGGUGACAUCACCUCUAUCCGCAUCCUCCGACCUGGCAAGAAGCUUCCUUCGGACAUGAAGAAGUACUCGUCACGGUACCCUGAGCUCUUGACCAAGUGUUGUGCCUUGAUAGAGUAUGAGAGUUUGGAGAGCACCCGGAAGGCUUUUGAGGAGCUUGGCCACAACCAGGUCUCCUCCCCUGGAGAAGCCGUCAAAGUGGUCAGCCUCUCUGGAAGGGGCUCCAAAAAGAAGAACAUGCCCAAUCAGGAAGAUGGCGAGGAGGCCGAGGAGAUGGAGAAGACUCCAAGAAAGUGGACCAACAUGUUGCCAGAAGGCCUCCAACAUGUCCUCGAAGAUUCCUUCUUCUACGGCUCAUCAACGGAGUCGGACAGCACGCCAGUAUCUACUCCCAUCCUGCCUCGGAAUUUCUUCUCUGCUCCAGUCUGGCCCACCACCAGCCUCUGCAACUCUGCUGGCCAGGCCUUCAAACCAAAUUUCUUCAGCAUCCCAUACACAGGUCCUCACCUGCCGCUGCACAAGCCACUGCCGUGGCCGCUCUGCCCCUCUCCCCUCUCUGCCCCCAAGCUGAGCAAUGGCACAUCUGAAUUACAGAAGCCACCUGACUCCUGCUGGGAGGGUGGGCUUGGUACUAGAAUCCUGUGGCCACCAAAGCGGCGAGGGCCACUCUGCGAUCAGCAACAGCUCCUCUCCCUGAAACCAGAGCCCUUGAGCUCAGUGGCUCCUUCCAAAAGGAUGUUUGAAUCUCGUGGUGUCCGGCCAGAAGUGAUUCGCCUUCCUCAAGGGCCGGAUGGCACCAGGGGGUUCUACAAUACCAUUGGGAGGGGGAAAUUUGUCUUGCGGCACUAACUUUUUUGCAACCUUUUUGAGGGGCCAACUUUAGAUAGGCUAACACACUGGUUUGCAGAAUUUCUGGGCUGGCUUCAAAGCUGAGGGAUCCGGGAGUCUGAUCGGUCAGCACCGUAGGGCUGUGGAGGAAUGUGUGGUGGAGAGCUGGCUUGCACAGUGAGAGGCUGCUUGUCCAAACUGCCGUGCAGAAUUAUUUUUUUUAAUGGCCCCCAGUUUGCUUUUCCUCAUCUUGGUCAGCCUUGUCAGACAUUCUCUGCCCCCGCUGUCCCCAAUGCCUUGUGUCCUCCUCCAGGGGGGAUUCCAAACUGUAUUUCUGCUUUGAGAGCUUAACUAUCCCUCUGACUCAGGAAUAGGGUCCUGUUAGUCUCUAUUCCCCCCGCUCCCACUUUUUGUUUUGAAACUUGACCUUUUGCAUUGAUUGCAUAAUGCGAUGGAGUAUGGAUGAUUGGAAAUGCCAUAAAUUAAGGCAGAGCUGUGCAUAAGGUGAAAUGUGGAAUGCUUGCCUUAUGUUGCUGUGAGAAAAUUGGUAAUGGGUCUGCUGUUUAAAAAACGGUCAAUAAAGAGUGUGGAAACAUUCUCAAGA